AUGGAAUCAAAUAACUUUGAAUCUAAAUCUCUUAAGUAUAGAGGGAAGGAUGAGAAGAUGACCAUUAAAAUGAAUCAGAAUCAAAUCAUUGUAGUACUUGAGCCAUCAGAUUUAUAACAAGCAAUGAAAUUAUAGAUCGAAUAGAUUAAGGACAAGGCAGCUAAUAAAAAUUAUAAUUGGGAAAUCUUUGAUAUCAAGCAGGUAAGAUGGGUAACAUAACUAAGGAAAUCGGAGCAGGUACCUUUGGAUAAGUAUUUGCAUCAUUGGAUUAAAAGACAGGAAAGAAAUAUGCUCUAAAAUUUAUUGGAUAUGACGAUGAAAGUGAUUAAGAUCCAGAGUUUAAGGCAGCUGUUAGAGAAAUUGUUAUUAUGCAGACAUUAUCACAAACCUAUUGUUAAGGGUUGCUUAAGAUAUAUGAUAUCUAUCCCUGCCUAAAGGAUGAUAAUAAAUAUCUAGUGAUUGUUAUGGAAUUAUGUGAUUGUAAUUUAAUGGAACUCUUGAAGGUAUAUUUCCUUUUAUAAUUCAAGGUAAGAAUAGAAGAGAAUAAAACAAAAUGGACUGAUGAAGAGUUGCUGUACAUUUUAAAUUAAUUGAUUGAAGGCUUUGUAAUUAUGAAGAAACACAAUGUUACUCAUCGUGAUAUUAAACCAUAGAAUAUCCUCUAUUGUUAAGCAGAUAAAUCUUAUAAAAUUGCUGAUUUAGGAGGAGCCAAAUUCCUAAAACCAAAAUAAGCUUAAUUAAAUACAGUUCGUGGAUCUCCUGCCUAUUGGGCUCGUAUUCAAUAAUAUAUUAUUUCAUUUAGCUGAGAUUUACUUUUUUUGUGAUUUGUAAAAAGACAAAGAAGGUCGUUUCUUUGUUGGAAAAUAACAUUUGAAUUAUGAUCCAUAUACAUCUGAUGUUUAUUCAAUUGGUAUCACUUUUUUAUUAAUGCGCAAAUUAAUUCCAAGAUUGGAUAGAGAAUCACUCAAAAUUGAAGUUGAAAUGUUAAGAAAAUUAAAAUAACCAUCUAUUUUUGAAUAGAUUCUAAUUAAAAUGUUAGAAUAUGAUGAUACAAAGCGUAUUUCUUUUGAAGAUUUAUAAUAACUCAUUUCAUCUUAUAAAGAUUUAUUUAAAAAACCUAAUGAAGAUGUAUUUGUAAACUGUUUAAAAACAUAAUAAGAUAAAAAAGUAAAUAAAAACUAUUAAUAUACAUUAGAAUUUGAGUACUUAAGAUUUGAUGAUGAGAGAAGUCAAAUUAGCUGAGGCAUAUGAAAAGUUGAAUUUACCUGAACAUGCUAAAUCUCAUUAUGAAUUAGCAUUGAAAUAUGCUAUCAAAUUAUCCAAAGAUAAUGCUAAGGCUGAUAUUAUGAAUAGUUUGGGAACUGUAAAUUGUGAUUUAGAACAGUAUGAUGAGGCUGAGAAAAACUUUAGUGAAUCAGUUGCUCUAUACAAAAAACUUAAUGGAGAUAAACAUUCUUCUGUGGCAGAUGGUUAUAAUAAUUUAGGGAUUGUUAAAAGAAAAAAAGGAGAAUUUGAAAAGGCCAUUAAACAUUAUGAAUAAGCUUAUCAAAUCAAAGAAUAGAUAUUUGGAGAAAACAAUUUAGGAGGAGCUGUUAUAUUAUAAAAUAUAGCUAUGGCACACAAAAAAUUGAAGAAUUAUGAUCAAGCAAUAAAAUAUUUUAAAAGUGCUUUACAAAUCAAAAAAUUAUUGUGUGGAGAUCGUAGUCCAAUUCUUUGUUCAACUUAUGACAAUUUGGCAAGAGUUUAUUAUGAAAAAUAAUAAUUUGAUAUGGCAAUCUCAUUUUAUUCAAUAACUGCUGAAAUCUAUAGGAAACAUCAAUAAUCUAAUUAAUAGAGAUUAUCUGAUACUCUUUUUGAAAUUGCUUUAUGUUUCUAAAAAAUAGGUAGAUCAGCUGAGACUAUCAAAGCAGCCCAAGAAUCAUAUUAAUUGAGAAAACAAAUAUAUGGAUAAUAUGCUAAAUAGACUGUGAAAAGCUAAGAAUUAUUAUCUCAAAGCUUUCUUGAAGAAGGUAGGUAUGAGGAAGCAUUGUAACACUACAAUUAAUUAAAAUAAUUUUAUCUUGAUAAUUUGGUGAAAUGUACUGUUGAUGAGAAAUUUGAUAGUAUGGCAGAUAUACUCAAAAAUUUAGGAGCUUCUUACAUGGGAAUUUAGAAAUAUGAUAAAGCAUUGGAGCAUUAUAAAGAAGGAAUAGAGUUUCUUAUGAAGAGAAAUAAUAAUGAAAGUACAAGAAUGGCAAAAAUAUACUAUAAUAUGGGAUUAGUUUAUAGAAAAAUAAAAGAUUUUAAAUCAGCUGAGUAAUAUUAUUAAACUGCAGCAAGUUUAAUAGCUACUAGUAAAUCAGCAUCAGAUCUAAUAACAUUAGGAGAUAUCUACAACAAUUUUGGAGUGUUGUUUGGAACAUAAGACAAAUUUGCUUAGGCAAAGAAAUACUUUUAAAUGUCAUUAGAACAUUAUCAAAAAGUUUUAGGGCCCAAUCACAGUAUAUGCAAAGAAGUAUAAAUAAACAUCAAAGAAUUAGAAAAAUGGUUAACAAAAUGA